AUGGCUUUGGCCUACCUUCAGGAAGCUUAUCUGCUCGAGGAGCCUGGGGACCAUGAGGUGAUAAAGCAUGACCGUGCUCAUCAUCGGAACUACAGUAGCAACAGUUUACGUUCCAACAGCCAUCAAGGUACAUCCCGAAUUCGAAGGUUCUUGAAGAAAUCGAUUCCCUCUCGACAACCUACUGUGGAGAGCGAUCUAGACAUUCACACCGAGCUUCCCAUCAAGAGCCCCUUUUCACGAGAUUAUGGAUCAACUCCCGCUGGCGAUACCGCCAGCCUUGACAUCAAGCCUCUUUCGAAGUCUUUAAGUCAACCUCUAUCACGGCUGUCGCGCUCUGUUUCUCGUCGAAGUCUAGUAGAGCGCUUCGCACCAGACAAGAUUACAGGCAGUGACAGGCUGUCGAUCAAUCAGGCCGUAACAGAAGCCGGGCAGGAGUUGCAGCCCGCCACAGAAGAAUUGUCCUGCAAUCCCAGCACAUCAACUCUCUCAGACCAUUCCGCCAAGGACACCGAGCCGUCUCAAUCAACCCUCUCCCCACCAGCCCCAGAAAAUUCGACACGCAAGCCACGCUUGAGCAUCUCCAAAAACUUGAUCCAAUAUUGUCUUCCUAGCCCCAAGCCGCCGCCCCCAGCAUGGUCUUCCAACCAGAAUGCCGCGUCGCAAAUGAGUCUAUGCUCCGCUGAGUCAGAGACCUACUCAGAAUCAGGUCCCGUCACCUCUCCAGCAGAUUCCACUCGAUCAAACCCGUUAAUGAACAAUCUUCGAAAAUUGACUCUGAACCCGAAAAGAAACCUUGCUGGAACCAGCAAUGCGUCUGCCCUGGCCGAAUUCUCACCGCCUGAAUAUCCUUUCCCCGACCCUCUGCCUAUCACUCGGAGAGAGGCAGUUCUUAACCAGGAAUAUUCCCACACAGCUCUUGAUCACCGAUGGUUUGCUACGACUCGAGGUGAAAGAUAUCAUCCUUAUCUGAGGAGUGAUGUGCCAUACUGGAUGUCGUAUGGACCUGAGAUCAUGAACAAUCACAUCUUGAUGCAGUAUGCAUCGGCCAUUUUGGAAGGAUCUUUACCGUUUCAAUUGAUGUCACCAUCGCCAGGAAUGCAUAAUACGAAAAAUGAGAUUCGAAGAGUUUUGGACAUUGGAUGCGGUCCUUCAGCCACGUGGUGCGUCGGGGUUUUGAGGCAGACGAGUGGGAUUGAAGUUGUUGGACUAGAUAUCUGCCCGCUGUUACUAGAUCUAGAAUGGCUGGAGCGGUCAGUCUCGGAAAACCUCUCAUUUGUCCAACACGACUUUUCGGAUUGCACGCUGCCUUUCGAAACUGGACACUUCGACUAUGUCCAUGCGUCUUUCAUCUCUUCCGGAAUUCCCGAGCACAAAUGGGCCUCUAUGAUAGAGGAGAUGACUCGAGUACUCAAGCGCCAUGGGACUUUAGAGCUUUUGGAGUCCAACACAUUAAUUGCCGAUCCCAGCAAGGCGAAAGACCCCAAUGGCUCUCAUGAUGAAACAAAACCAGCGACCAGUUGUUGUCGAGUUCCCGCCGCAAGCGCGUUGAUCAAUACACCCACCGCCACACCACGCCAGUUGGAUUUGUUAAAGGAAUCCACCUCCGAGGUCUGUCCAACAACUGUCCAAGGGAUGAUCGAUAAAUUGCUUGAACAACAUUUUAUCUCGCCGUAUCCUCUUUCGCUUCUGCCCACUGAGAUCUCGAACGUGACGACUUCCAUGAAGAGACCGUUAGCCAAACAGUUCAUCAAAUUUCCUAGCGACCUCCAGAGCUUUGUCGAUACUCAGACGAAAUCGCCCGAUAGAAUCAAUGCAUAUCCACAAAAUGCCAGUCAAGAGCCAAUGAGGACACAAGAUCCAGAUGUCAAAGCUGCAGCAGAUGAAUGUAUGGCCAUGCUGCUCCUACACUCUCACAUCGAUGCCAUGUAUUCAAACAAGGAAAUCAGUUGGUACGACUUGUGGCUGCCGUCGAUCUCUUGCGAGCCAGCUUCCUCAAAUCUACCAUCCCCUUCAGUCAAACGUACCAGGCCAACGCAAAGUCGGAUGCCCUCGAGUUUCGGUCGACAUUUCCCUCAAAAUCGACGGACGAAGUACAUCAGCCCGACCCAGAAAAUGAAAUCUGAGUAUCCCGACCGAUCAGUCUACGACGAGAAACCUGAAAUCUACAGCACAAAGUCCAUUUCUUUGUUUCGUGAGAGCCAAUUGAAUUUCCACGAAAAGGUCAAAUCGAUGUCUCACGUGAACUUGAACUCCAAUGUCCUCGGGAACAGUUCCACUCUCGAUUUACUCCAGGAUCAAAGAGACUCAGUUUAUCAUCACCAACACGAGCCCGAAAAGCUGAACUUCACUGCUGUAAGGGACUCCAGCUCGAAGAUAUUUACGCAUCGGAAAAAGUUCGAUCAAAUUUGGGACAAUUGGAAAGAGGAUUUGAGCUGCCACUCGCUUGGGAUAAGUAAGCUGUUGGAGUUGAGAUUCGGUUGGACUUGCACCAUGGACAUCGAGAAUCACAAGGCUCUUUAUGAGCAUUACGAGUUUUAUCAGCAGGAAUUGGCCCAAUGUGAAGGUCGGAUUAACGAACUCCGGCUCAAGUUGCACGAGUUGAAAUUUGUCCAAAUCAUCGAAGUGGAAGGCAAUUUGGAUGAAGAUCCGAAUUCAAAUCCCACCUCUGCAUCUCCGUUCUACAUCCACCGGCCACAGUCAUUUGAAUACAAGACUUCCUCUGAAGGAAACGAAGAUUUCGAACAUGUCAACUUCGCCAAGAAUCUCACUGAUCGUUCGACUCCUGACACGAGCACAUCAGCUGACCCCAGGAAGCUGCUGUUCGGCCCGGAAAAUCCGAUGACAAGCUACGGAAGCAAUGUCGUGCACCAUGAACCAGACUCUCAAUCGUUAGAAGAACUGGGAUACGACAUACUCAAAGAAGCGUCCAACACGAGGUCACGCACACGUCAAUCGUCGGAAAACACGGGCCCUCUUUCCUCCGGUCGAAAAUCGAUGGGGUUGCCGCGGAGAAAAAAACCUAUGCGCGAGCAACCGGACAGCGAUAGUGAAGAAACGUCCAUGAACGACUGUCCCAUCUCGUUGAAGGUUUUCUUGUCCGGUUCAAGGAUCCCUCUUGACCACACGAGCUCCAAAGAAGAAGAGACCGAGGCUGGUUUAGAGAUUGAAAUUGAAAGCUUGACCCGGCAGAAGGCGGACAUCAAGAAGGCGAUCCAACUGAUCCAAACUGAUUUAGACAACGUUACCAAAAGAUUGGGAUUAUUCGACCCUGAAGAUCAUCAAGUCGAAACCCUAACUGUUACUGGUACCCGGGAUUCUAGGCAGACCAUACCAGAAGAGACGGAGCUCGAUCAGCUAACGCCUACUGAGGACGAUGAGGACAGGUCAGCACCUACUGAGGUCGAUCAGAGCAAGACAAACCUUGAAGAGAACGGUGAGGACAAAGUUCUCAGCAGCAGUGAUCCUAAGGAGACGUCAUUCGAGGAGAAGGAUGAGAACUGCGGGAUGUUGGACGAGUUAUUUCUACCAUUUGAGAGAUUAGAAUUCCCCAGUUUCCUCAGCGAAGAUAUCAAUAAACCAACCUCGCCCGUGGGCCCAUUGAUCCAGCAGGGGGUUAUCAAAGAAGUUCAUGAGGCUACCAAAGAAGUUCAUGAGGCGACGAAAGAAGUUCAUAAAGCUACCCAAGAACAUGAAGCUACCAAAGCAGUUCGCGAAGAUCUUACAAGCCGGAUCUCAAUCUUUAACCGUAAGAACCCUUGUAGAAUGUCUAACCUCAGCAACCAACUCACUAAGAACACCAAGGAUCUGAGGUUUACAAAUGUCGGCUUUGGCGAUCUCAGAAUCGAGAAAUUUUAUUCGGUCAAAAAGAACUGA